AUGACUUUAACCAAUUGGGAUCUUGAGGACGAUCCUUGUGCAGAACAUGCUUAUUGGAAUCCCAAUUGUCCUUACAUCAAUCAGUAUAAAGGACGAAGCUGGGAGAUGGAUAUAUUUGUCAGGUAUUUAGAACAACAGGGAUAUAAACCUUUACCCGAGAUCAAACCUCUACUGAACCCAGCGCCAGACGUCCAGGCUCGAGGAAAAUGUUGCAUUUGUUUAGACCAGGAGUUAGAAAUCGUUUUUCUACCUUGUGGACACGUAUGCUGCUGUGCUUUGUGUGCUCCUGCUUUGUGUGCUCCUUCCUUACAGUUUUGCCCCAUCUGUCGAGCCGAGAUUCAAGAGUCCAAACGCAUAUUUCUGUGUUCACUAUAA